AUGACGGAUAUGGAAACGUCUCGCUAUUUAUCCCCAGAGGGGAUAAUACUACCCCCUAGUCCCGUGGAAUCGGUGGACUCUCCCGAGCCGACAGCGCCGGGGUCCUCUGACAACCGCAAGAACGACGUCACGAUCACUCUGCCACGUCCCCCGGCCCCUUCUCCGAGUCGCUCGCCCUUCGCCCGUUCCCAUUUUCGGUCUCGAUCUCUGGCUGAGGUAUCGGGCCUACCUCCUAUGACGCGCGCUCACUCUACCCCGGGGCUGGACUCACGGGGCAGGUAUAUCUUCGUUCAUGGUCGCGAGGCACCAACAAGUUCACCGGAGAAUGCCGUGAAACGCUAUCUACCAUUUCAGGCCCCAAUGGGGGACAGCCUUGAGUCUAGAAUGGUACCCUUGAACAUUUCCGAGCCCAUUUUAGAGUAUGCUGAGCUGGACACCGCGAUGCCAUCCUCUUCAAUCCAGGGAGAGCCUCGUACGGCCUCACCUGUCUUAUCCAACACUUUUCCCCGAAUGACCCGCCGACGACCGUCAUCCCCGCUCCAUUUCAACCCCAUGAAUUCCACUUUUCAGUCUGCCAGCAGCCCCUCUUCCGCGCACUCAUCUCCGAUAAUUCUCAACUCAAGAUUCAACGAAUCCUUUCCUAGUUAUUCAACAUCUUCUGCUUCAUCAAUGCCCUCAACGCCGACAAGCAUUCGCUCGCGGAGCCCGAGCAUUUCAUCUUUAGAGACCAUCCCGGACAUUCCCGAUGCCGAAGCUGCGGCUAUUGAAGCUGAUCGGAUCGCUGCCUUGAAAGCUGCAGCUGAUAGAGCAGAUGAAGCGGAUGCUGCGACGAGCGGAAAUCGUCGACGAGGGGCGUCAGACGCGUCAGGCCCUUCAAGCUCCCUGAUGAACAUGCGAACCGUAUCAGGGGGCUACGGUCUUAGGGCUGAUAAGCGGAAACGGUGGAGCGUUUGUGGGGCCGAACGUCGUCAAGAUCUCGACUUAGAGACGAUUUGGGAAGAUUGA